CUGAGUGACGCGCGCGUGCUUGUGGAUAAAUCCGGGACGCCCGCGGGAGACAAUUAGCCCCCUUCCCCCUCCCUGCGUCUCAGCCGGCCGGGUGUACGCACCCAUCCACCGUCCCCUCCUCCGCUGUGUAGGGGACCUCGCCCCCUCCCUGGGUUUGUCUCCCUCCCAGCCGCGUGCCCCUCCCGGUGGGGAGCCUAGGCCCUGGAGCUCCCGCGCCGAGGGGACUGGUGGGGGACGCACGGCUGGAGCCCGACUCGCGUUGGAGCCGCGCGCGGUGUAGCUGCUGUCAUGUGCCGGGUUCCGACCCGGAGGGAGGAAGCCAGCGAGCCCGAUUCCACUCCCUUUUGUUUUGAAGCCCGCAUUUGCUGCAUCGAGCAGUUGGUCUAGUACCCGGCAAACUUGCAGCUGUUGUGACCGCGCUCGGCCGAGCCUGCCCAGGCCCCUGAGCGGGAGGGAUGGAAAACUCCUCCGCAGCAUCGGCCUCCUCCGAGGCAGGGAGCAGCCGCUCCCAGGAGAUUGAGGAGCUGGAGCGCUUCAUCGACAGCUAUGUGCUGGAGUACCAGGUUCAGGGGCUGCUGGUCGACAAGACAGAUGCUGAUGGCGAGAGCCAGAGGACGCAGUCCCACAUCUCCCAGUGGACAGCGGACUGCACUGAGCAGCUGGACGGUGGCAGUUCCUUCUCCCGAGGGCGAGCCCCUGCACAGCAGAAUGGCAGCAAAGACAACUCUCUGGACAUGCUGGGCACAGACAUCUGGGCUGCCAAUACCUUCGAUUCCUUCAGCGGUGCCACCUGGGACCUGCAGCCUGAAAAGCUGGACUUCACGCAGUUUCACCGCAAGCUGCGACAUGCGCCCAAGCAGCCCCUGCAGCACAUCGACCGUGAAGGGUGUGGAAAAGGAAAGCUGGAAGAUGGAGAUGGCAUCAACCUGAAUGACAUUGAGAAGGUCCUUCCGGCCUGGCAGGGCUACCACCCGAUGCCCCAUGAGGUGGAGAUUGCGCACACCAAGAAGCUCUUCCGGAGGAGGAGAAACGAUCGAAGACGGCAGCAGAGACCUCCAGGAGGGAACAAGCCCCAGCAGCACGGUGACCACCAACCAGGCAGUGCCAAACAUAACAGGGACCAUCAGAAGUCCUACCAAGGGGGCCCAGUGCCUCAUGCCUCAGGGAGGCCCACCCACCACGGCUACAGCCAAAACCGGCGCUGGCACCACAGCAAUAUGAAGCACCCGCCAGGCGACAAGGGGGAGGCAGGUGCCCACCGCAAUGCCAAAGAGAUCGUGAACACCGAGAGCCCCAAAUUAGAAGACACCCCAGAGGACCCCGGCCACUGUGGCCUUGAGCCUCCUCACAGCCCUGAAGCCCCAGCCCCACCAGCAUCUGAGAGGCUACCUACACCAGUGCCAGGGGGGCCGGAGGCCGAGACAAAGCGCAAAGACAGUAUUAUUCCAGAACGCAUCGGGGAGCGGCCCAAAAUUACCCUGCUCCAGUCCUCCAAAGACAGGCUGCAGCGAAGGCUAAAAGAAAAGGUACCGGAUGAAGUGAUGGUGGAGACAACCCACCCUCAGCAGAACAAGAUGGACAAGCUAAUCGAGAUCCUGAACAGCAUGCGGAAUAACAGCAGCGACGUGGACACCAAGCUCACCACCUUCAUGGAGGAGGCCCAGAACUCUACCAACUCUGAGGAGAUGCUGGGUGAGAUUGUACGGACCAUCUACCAGAAGGCCGUGUCAGACCGUAGCUUUGCCUUUACAGCUGCCAAGCUCUGUGACAAGAUGGCACUCUUCAUGGUGGAGGGCACCAAGUUCCGGAGCCUGCUCCUCAACAUGCUCCAGAAGGACUUCACGGUGCGCGAGGAGCUGCAGCAGCAGGAUGUGGAACGCUGGCUGGGCUUCAUCACCUUCCUGUGCGAGGUGUUUGGCACCAUGCGUAGCAGCACCGGAGAGCCCUUCCGCGUGCUCGUGUGCCCCAUCUACACUUGCCUCAGGGAGCUCCUACAGUCUCAGGAUGUGAAGGAAGAUGCUGUCCUUUGCUGCUCUAUGGAGCUACAGAGCACAGGGCGACUGCUGGAAGAGCAGCUGCCCGAGAUGAUGACCGAGCUUCUAGCCAGUGCUCGAGAUAAGAUGCUGUGCCCCUCAGAGUCUAUGCUGACCCGGUCACUGCUCCUGGAGGUCAUCGAGCUUCAUGCCAACAGCUGGAACCCUCUGACGCCUCCUAUCACGCAGUACUACAACAGAACCAUCCAGAAACUGACAGCCUGACAGCCAGGAGGCCUGGCGAGCAGCCCGUGGGCAGCUGGGGCCCUGGUGCACAGAGCCAGAUGGACAGGCGGGAGGACAGGGGUGGCCUGGUGGGAGAAAGAAAUGGGUAGGAAGGCAGGCAGAGUCAGUGGCCAGUCUGGAGCCAACCGGAAAAGGGAUCAAAUCCCUAAGAAGAACACCCCGCCCUACACAUAAACACCCCCACCCUAGCCUGAGCAUGUGGCAGCUCCCACCAAUAAGGGAAGCAUGUUUCUUUUCCGUGGUGGCCCUGGCCCGAGACCUCCCUCCUUCCUACCCCUCUUCCCCCCUGCCACCCAAGCCAUCCACCUCAAGCAGAGAUCUCAUCUCUGCCACUCUUCGGAGGCCCCUGCCCCGCCCCCAGCCUGAACACCAGCCUUCCACUCCGGGGCACCGCUUGGGUCAGAAAGGAUCUCAGAAGGCUGAAAAAGUGGGUCGAGACGGGCUCCCAUUGUUCCCUGCGUGCUGUCAGCCGCAGUCGCCAACUGGCAGCAGGCAACAUGUAGCAGAUGUCCGGGAGGACAAAGGCAGGCACGGUCCCCACCAGCCGCCAGUAAUUGACGGCCUUUGUCAGCCACAGUGGAGCUAGGGAGAGGCGCUUUUCUCUAACCUUCACACCCCACCCUCCCAACCUCAGUUCCUCGAGCCUUGGGCCCCCAGCCCAGGCCUAGGGGGCUGGCAGCCGGGAGGGGAGCUGGAGCUUACAACUCAGCUUGCACCCUUUUCUUUUAUUGUGUUUUAUUUUUCAAAAGUUGGUUGCUUUGAAGUCUCUUCUCUCAAUGAAAAUAUCCUCCAUGUGAUCACACAGUCAGCUCUGCAAGGACCCCCUGAUUAAUAGGAGAUCAAACCUGGCCCGCUCUGGAAGGAUUCUAGCCAUAGACAGCUUGCCAGUAGCCAAUUAGGGUAAUUGGAAACUUCUGCCCUGGUGGGGGUCCCCUGCUGGAAUCCUGUGUUCCUCCCCGCCUGGCCUGCAGCGACUCUGCUCUCCAGUUUCUGUCUCUCAAAGGACAUGGUACUGAGGUUGCUGGACUGCAUUAGACCUGGUCCUGGCCAUGGAGAUCUUGUGGCAAACAGGGCCCAGAACAAGGCUGGCAAACUAAAACCAAAAUGAGUCUUGUCCCAAGUGCCUAGUGGAGAGAAAGAUGGAGCGGGAGUUGCCUGCCUCCCCGGGACUUGUCUAAGUCAUGGGCUAUGUCACUGCCCAAGCCCAGGCAGGAUCCAGAAGCCCUUCCAGCUACUGGGAAAGGCAGGAGUCAUUGAGUCCUAAGGACAGUCAGGUAGGCUUUUCAGGCUGGGGUUUCUUGGACAGCCUGGGGAGCACCCCUUUCUGUGAUGGCUAGAAAGGUCAAGCUCGGGGAUGCUGGCAUCAAGAUCACAACCAGUGUCCACACAGUCCCUGUCUGGGGUGUAAAACCUAUGCUUUGAUGAGCCCUAGAAAAUGCCAUCGGAACCCAGCAGCUUCCUGAUUUGCUCCUUCACUGAGGUUGGUCAUACCCUAGAUCACAUUGGAAACCUCUUCUGGCCUCCCAAUCCGAAUCAGACUGGCUGGGAGCUGAAGGGUGGAGAAAGUUUCUGUUGAUCGUUCCUGAGGCUAGGAAGAAGGUCCCCAUUCCGCCUGGCUUUGCACCACUGAAACUGGCCUUCCAGCUCUAGGGUGGGAGCCUAUGCCAGUCCUCCCAAAAAAGCCUACUUGGGUUAGGGUUUGGGAGGUUACAGUUUCCCUUUAAAUAGGUCAAUGUCCUCUGCCAAGAGGCUCACACUGCCCCUGGCAGGCCCCUGACCCCUGCCUUCUUCCUCCUCUACUCCUCCUCCCUCCCAGGCUUUCUCAAGCUGCUUCUUAUUGCUUUCUCUCCUACACCAGCCCUUAGGCCCAGCCUGGAGCCUGGGGACACCAGGAACCCCACAGGAGGGCUUGAAGGAAGAGUCAGGCUGAUGUUGGGAUGCUCGGAGAGGGCACUGGGGAAAUCAUGCUCUCAUGGAGUCAGGUAGCCCUGGCCAGGCAGCCGCUCCCUGCAGCCUCAGAGGGCCACACCUGUGCUAGAAGGGCCCCUCUUCCCUCAGGUGGGGUGUGAGUGUGUAUGUGCGUGCGUGCGUGUGUGUGUGUGUGUGUGUGUGUGUGUGCAAAGAACAAAGCAGGGUCCCCAGAAGACAGAGGUCUGAGAGUUGGUUCUCCCUAGACCCCUCACUGGGCUCAUAGGCAGACUCCAUAAAGGGGGCUCCCAAAUCCUGAGUAGAGGGGCUAGUGUCCCUUGUGAAAGUAAGAGACAGAGGACACUGGGCACCAAGGGUCACAUGUGCCUCCCUCCCGAUGGCCUGUCGGAUGGAGGUCUUGCCUCAGGUCCAGCCCCUCUUGGGCCGUGAGGACUAGUGUGAAGAUGUGAGGUAUAAAUAUGUAUUAUAUAUAAAUAUAUUUUUAAUUACGUGUUGUGUCACGGUGGCUCCAGACGUACAGUUUGCCUAAUUUGUUCCACUGCUUGAAAGCACUUCCUGGCCCAUCUGAAUAACACUUUUGGCUGUUUUUCUAAAUGCAGGUUGCUGCUACUUUUUCAGACAUGGAAGGAAAACAUUAGGAAAAAAAAAAUUUUUUUUUUUUAAAGAAACAGCAAAGCCUAAAACUGGGGCAACUUCCCAUGGCAGAUGCUCAGACAGGAACUGGGAGGCAGAAGUGGGUGCCCCAGAGAUGCCUGCCCCUUCCCCAUGCCAGAGCCCCCUCUGCUCCAAAAGAAAGGCCAGCUGAAUGUUGUACCCCCGCUCGGCGGCGGGCCUUGGAGCAUGGAAGAGGCACACUACAGCCAUCUCGUGUUGAUCCUUCUUGUCCCCUCUGCCUGUCGAGACGAGUUAGGCACUGUUUUAACCCUCUCAGGCAGCCCACCUGCCAUGUCCUGCUCCCCCCCCCCCCCAGGUCUGGUGGCUUUGCUGAGCUCUGGUGCCGCAGUUCCAGAAGGACUCCUAGGGUCCCUUGAACGAGGAUGGGAGCUCCAUUGUCCUCCAUGGGGACAGUGUACCCCUAAACCCAACUUUGUCUGUUUGUCUUUUCUUAACCAGUCUGUAAACCUUUAUAGUUUGGGGACUGUCCUGUCCAUCCGUGUAAAUGUAAAUGUUGACCUAGUUGGUAUUUAUUCUAAUUUUUAUUUUAUUUUAUUUUCUCUGAGGGGUGGGAUUGUGGGAACUGUACCACUGAUCAUGCCCUGGGCAGCUGCAGAGGCCCAGGCCCAGAUGGCUUGGCCGCCAAGAGGAGCAGCCCCCUGGGGCCACCCCAGACAGCCGCCUCCAGGAAGCUCAGUCCCAGGCCGUUAUCUGGCAGGAGAAGCUGCUGGUGUUCCUUGUCCCGCAGACACUCAGGCCUGCUGUGGCAUGGUGUCCCUCAGCUGCCAGACACUCACUCUGCUAGGAAACGUCUGGCUGGGCCUUGAAGAUGCAGUUCAGAGAGAAGACGACUCUCUGCUCAGGACGCUUACAUGCAAGGGCCGGCCGCCUCACCCGAGCCAGCUGGGAGCCGGACGGCAGGACCUACCUCCCUGGAGCAGGGGUCUGGGGCUUCCCACCAAAGCUGCAGUGGAAUUCUGCUCAUGCUGACACCUUUCCCCAUUGGUAUGUCCUGCUUUCCAGCUGAACCCAAACUCCAAGUGGGUUUAAAAAAAAUAAACAAUACCAAAAACCAAAAA